AAUAUAUAUUUUCACACGAGUCAUGCAAGUGCUUUUUUAAGGAACUAUGUGUCACUUGUUUCUUCUAAAUGCUUUUGUUGGAAACAGAGACAAAAACAGAGCAUCAACUUAGAAAACACAACAUAACAUAAAAUCUCUUUGUUUUCUUCCGAGUUUCUAAACUCAGCGUUCCAACUCGUUCUUCUCUUCUUACACGCUACGUUACACUGUUUUGCUUCAAGCUAACGAGUUGAACCACCGAGUUUAACGGUUUUUUUUUCCUACAUUGAAUUGUUGAUAACUAGAACGGUUCUUUCUUUCUUGUGUCUCAUUUAGUGUUGUAGUUGUUUGGGACCAAUAAGAACAAUUUAUAGCUUAUUUGAAAAGUGAUUUUGGAUCAGUAAAUUGUGUGAUGUAGAGUGAGUGAAGAUGUUUCGUUCUGCAAAAUGGAAAAGUGAGAAGAACAGAAUUAAAGCUGUUUUUAAGCUUCACUUCAAUGCCACUCAGGUGUUACAAUCUGGGGUGGAUGCAUUGGUGUUGUCAAUAGUUCCUGGUGACAUUGGAAGACCAACUAAGAGAUUAGAGAAAGCUACGGUUCGAGAUGGAAAUUGUCGGUGGGAAAAUCCGGUAUACGAAACAAUAAAGUAUUUUCAAGAUCCCAAGACUGGGAAAAUCGGCGACAAAAUAUAUAAUUUUUUGCUUUCAACGGGGUUAUCGAAAGCUAGCGCCGUCGGGGAGGUUUCUAUUAAUUUUGCUGAUUAUGUAGAUUCCACAAAGCCCUCUUCCGUCUCUCUUCCCGUCAGAAAUUCUCAUUGCGAUGCUGUUUUACAUGUAUCUAUCCAAAGGCUGCAAGAUAACGGUGAUCAAAUUCAAAGAGAGGAAGAUGAAUGUGAAGAUCCAAAACUAAAAAUUGAUGAUAGGAGCUUAAGGAACAAGUUAAACAAUGGCGAUACAGAUGAAAACACUAAAAGUUAUUUUUCUGAAGAUGUUUCUAACAAACCAAUCAUCAAUAGGACGUCUAGUGUGUCUGACACUACAUUGUCAAGCUCCGAUGACAGUUCUGGAGUCGAUACUCCCUGCAAAAUUGGAUUGAGAAAAACAAACAUCGACCGCACCACGAACCAGUUUGUUCCGGUUAUGCACCGUGCUGCAGAACCUCCAAACACUGAUGUCAAUACCUCAACACCAAUGCAUGAUUUACAUGAGAGAUCACAAUGGGGUUGGUCAUCUAGCUCAGAGCUUGGGUUAAGUACGGGCGAUUCAACAAAUGGCUCUCAUAAUUCCCUUUCAAAGGAAACGUCACAAGAGGCAUCUCAUUCGGAGAUUGAGAGACUCAAAGCUGAACAUGCUGCUUUGGCGAGGCAUGUAGAUGUGUCGGACAUGGAACUACAGACCCUAAGGAAGCAAAUUGUAAAGGAAAGCAAAAGAGGGCAGGAUCUCUCGAAGGAAAUCAUUAUCUUGAAAGAUGAAAGGGAUGCACUAAAGACAGAAUGCGAUAAUAUCAGGUCUUUCCAUAAACGCAUGGAUGAUGCCAAAGCGAGGAACAGGUCACAGUUGGAAAAUGGAGAUCAUCAUGCUUUUGUUGAAGAAAUAAGACAAGAAUUGAGCUAUGAGAAAGACACGAAUGCAAAUCUCCGACUACAGUUAAAGAAGAUGCAAGAAUCAAAUGCUGAACUGGUCCUUGCGGUGCAGGACUUGGAAGAAAUGUUGGAGCAGAAAAAUAGCGAUAUGCGUAAGUGUAAUAAUUCCAAUAAACACGAACAUGAUAAAAAUUCCCGAGAGUUAGAGAUGAAACUCUCAAAAUGUGAAACAGAUGAUGAUGAAGAUCAGAAAGCAUUGGACGAGCUUGUCAAGGAGAAGAGUGGCGCCAAGGAGACGGACUUGCUUGAGAAAAAAAUAAUAGACCUCUAUGGUGAAAUUGAAAUGUAUAGGAGAGACAAAGAGGAGUUAGAGAUGCAGAUAGAACAGAUUGCACUCGACUAUGAGAUAUUGAAACAAGAAAACCACAGCAUUGCGAAUAAGUUAGAGCAAAGCCAAUUGCAGGAACAGUUAAACAUGCAAUGUGAAUGUUCAAAUCCUCCGGCUGCUAUGAAUGAUAUUGAAACUCACAUUGAAAAUCUGGAAAAUGAACUCAAGGAACAGUCGGAAGAUUUCUCAAAUUCUCUAGCUACCAUUAAGGUACUGGAAACUCAUAUCAGAAGAUUAGAGGAAGAAACGGAGAAACAAGCACAAGGAUUUGAAGCUGAUAUAGAAGCGGUGGCACGUGAAAAAGUUGAGCAAGAGCAAAGAGCUAUCCAAGCCGAGGAAACUCUACGAAAAACUAGACAAAAGAAUGCUAAUACCGCUGAGAGGCUUCAAGAGGAAUUCCAAAGACUCUCGAUGCAAAUGACUUCAACAUUUGAUGAAAAUGAGAAGGCUACCAUGAAAGCAUUGACAGAAGCAAGUGAACUACGUUUACAGAAAAAUCUAGUGGAAGGAAUGCUGCAUAAAGUCCAAGAAGAACUUCAGUUAACUAAAGCCGAUUAUGAGGUAAAACUGAACGAACUUUCAAAUCAAAUAGAUACAAUGACAGUUCAGAUACAGCAGAUGGUGGCGGAAAUCGAAGACAAGUCUAAGCAGCUUGAAAAUCAGAAGAAGUUUGGAGAACAAGUUAAUACUGAUUUCUCUGAGGAGAUUGAGAUACUAAAAUCUGAGAAUGAAAAGCUUAUGGUGGAGAUUUCACGCUUAAAUGAACAAGUAGAAGGAAAAGAAAUCUUACAAGCUGACUUGGAACUAAUGAGAAAAUCAAUUGAGGAAUAUGAAACACUGUUACAUCAAGGAACUGUGGAAAGAAAUGAACUUGCGAGUACAAUUGCAUCAUUGAAGAAGGAAGCGGAGCAUACACUUAACGAGAUAAAUAAGAUGAGAAAUCAGAAGGAUGAAAAAGAAGCAGAAGCGAGACUCUUGAAGUCGGAGUUGGAAGCGGUUAGAGCUCAAUGCAGUGAUUUGAAACAGUCACUUUUUGAGGAUGAGGCUGAGAAAGAAAAACUAAGAAAGCAAAUUUCUCAGCUAAAGAGCGAAAUAAAGAAGAAGGGCGAUGCAUUAACUAGCAUCGAGAAGAGGUUCAGGGAUACUAGCGGCCGCAACCAACUUUCUGAUGGUACUAAAACCAGUCCAAUCAACAAAAAAACUGCUUCCAGUCCUCAGAAUUCAAAAGAAAUGGCAAGUAUGAGAGAGAAAAUAAAAAUGCUUGAGGGUCUGGUAAAGUCAAAGGAAACUGCCUUGGAAACUUCUACAACUUCAUCUAUGAAGAAGGAAAAGGAGCUCCAGAGCAGAAUUAUGGAGCUGGAGAACAAGGUAGAGGAAGUCAAUCGGAAUUUUACUUUACACGAGGAUAGAAGUGUAACAGAUUCAAACGAGAUAUCAGAAGAAUUGAGGAAUAGGUUGGAACAAGCCGACAACAAUCUUAGUGACGUAUUGAUUGAAUUGUCGUCGUUGAAGGAAAGAAACAAAUCAAUGGAAAGCGAACUCAAAGAAAUGCAAGAGAGAUACUCAGAAAUGAGUCUCAAAUUCGCCGAGGUAGAAGGUGAAAGACAAAUACUUGUUAUGACUGUAAGAAACCUCAAGAGUUUCCACAAAGGAUGAGAGUUUCCUGUUGAUAUCUUGGAGCCUGCAAUGUAUAGAUGUAACAGUGGAACACAAUUUAUAAUGAAUAAAUUAAAGUUUAUAAUGGUAAAA